AUGACGGCAUUUUUUACCAGUGUUCCUACCUGGAUUCAAGAUGCAAAGCAGGAGGAGGAGGAGACAGGCUGGAAAUUAGUCCCCAGGCAAAGGGGUCGAGAGGCCGAAAGUCAAGGCAAGUGCCAAUGUGAAAUUUCUGGGACCUCCUUUACCAAUGUGGACAAGCUGAGAACUCACACAUUCGCUCAUACGGAACAGAGACCUUACAACUGCCCUCAGCUGCACUGUGGAAAGGCCUUUGCAUCCAAGUACAAGCUCUAUAGGCACAUGGCCACACACUCUGCCCAGAAGCCUCACCAGUGUAUGUACUGUGAGAAAAUGUUCCACCGGAAGGAUCAUCUCCGCAAUCACCUGCAGACUCAUGACCCCAACAAGGAAGCCCUCCACUGCCCUGAAUGUGGCAAGAACUACAACACCAAACUAGGCUUCAGGCGACACCUGGCUAUGCAUGCAGCUGCCAGUGGUGAUCUGAGCUGCAAAGUGUGCCUGCAGACCUUUGAGAGCACUCAGGUCCUCCUGGAACACCUCAAGGCUCAUUCCAGGAGGGCAUCUGGUGGAACAAAGGAAAAGAAGCACCCGUGUGAUCACUGUGACAGACGCUUCUACACACGUAAAGAUGUGCGGAGACACCUCGUGGUGCACACAGGGCGGAAGGACUUCCUGUGCCAGUAUUGUGCUCAGAGGUUUGGGCGGAAGGACCACCUGACUAGGCACAUGAAGAAGAGCCACUCCCAAGAAUUGCUGAAGAUCAAGACAGAGCCAGUUGAUAUGUUGGGUCUCCUAAGCUGCAGCUCAACUGUAGCAGUGAAAGAAGAGUUGAGUCCAGUUUUAUGUAUGGCAUCCAGAGACAUGAUGAGUGGUAAGAGCUUUCCUGGCAUGCUGCCUAUGGGCAUGUACAGUACACACCUCCAAGCGAUGCCAAGCUCAGGGAUGCCCCAUUCUUUGGUUUCCAACUCUCUUCCAAUGGGAAUGAGUUAUCCUCUGGAAUCUUCUUCUCCUAUCUCCUCCCCACCACAAGCUCCUCCGAAGUACCAGCUCGGAUCUACCUCAUAUUUACCUGAGAAACUACCCAAAGCAGAGGUGGAGAGCUUUCUGUCAGAGCUUCCUGGCAGUCUGUCUCUCUCAUCUGGUGAGCCUCAGUCCUCCUCACCUCAGCCAGUAACUCUGGACGAGACUCUGCUUUCCAAGAGCCCUGCUAACCUUUCAGAGGCUCUCUGUGCUGCUAACAUGGACUUUUCUCAUCUUCUGGGCUUCCUCCCCCUGAAUCUUCCUCCAUGUAACCCACCUGUGUCAACAGGGGGGCUGGUCAUGGGCUACUCACAGGGGGAAACCCAGCCAUUGCUUACCACUUUGCAACCUCAACCUCAAGAAUCUCCCGGAGCUGGAGGCUCCCUGAACUUUGGUCCCCUUCAUUCAUUACCCCCUGUCUUCACCUCCAGCUUGAGCACAACCACCCUGCCACGUUUCCACCAGGCAUUCCAAUAA